GGUCUUUUAAAAAACAAUUUCUACUUCAUAGAAGUAAUGCAGAUGAAGUAUUUAAUUAUAAAAUGACAUGCAAACUCAUGAGUUCAGCUGACCAUCUUGGGCACCAUCUGUUGAAGCAAAAUGGCCCUGCACAGCAGCAUUAUCCUGAAAACCGCUCUCUGCCUGCUUGCAAGCAUGCAGAGCCUUCAUGGCUCCAAAUGAUCCCAUCACCACUGAUUCCCAAUGGGAGCUACAUCGCUAAAGCAACAACAUUAUGCUUGGGAGCCAAAGAGUCUCGGUGUGCCUGCAAGUAAAGACAGAGUGGUUUUGAGAACACUGACAAGUGGGGGGCAUCUUGCUUCAAUGGACAGUAGACCACGUGGUGUGUCAGCCAGUACAGCAACAUUUUAUAUAGUGGUGUUCUUGAGGAACCUUGGAGACACAUGCAGGUGCCUAACUCUUAUCUGUACUCUCUAAAAUAAACGUUUGGUAUCUCCUGUCACAGUUAGGUAUUGAACUUUUAAUAUAGAGACAACUCAUGCCUAGCUCUCCAGGGAGAUACGUGAAAAAUUAUCUUAGCUGACAUGAAGAAUGGGGAAAAGGAAGUGUGUGGCACCUGCAUGUAUGCCUUAGUUCCAUAACAUCUGAAACUCCUCUGCAUGAACUAAAAUAAUUAGAUAUAUCUCUUAAAUAUACCUCUUGCUGGUCUAGCCUAACUUUCAGGUGAUGGGAUGUAUGUGCAAUGGCUGACAUGUCCCACAGCAUAACAGGGAAAGUACAGAUCUAUCCACACCAGGUCGGUGAAAUUGCUGCACAACAGGACAAUACUGAUACUGCUGGUUCUUGCACAAUCACACAUUGCACACUACUUCCAUUACUCCCAAGGGCCCACAUACUGCUCAGUGUCCUGCAGGUGUUUUAUGCAUCACAGCAACUGCUGAAUGCUUCUUACACACCAUCCACACAGUUGCGCAAGAGAUGUCUCAUGAAAAUGACAGAAAUUGGGUGUAUGCAAUGGUGUGAUAGUACAGCCAUUGGAAAUAAUGGUCAUAACAUUGCACAACCAGGGCUCAGGAAAUCUACUAGUCUGUGACGAAUGGAAAAAACCUUUACAGGCAAUAUACCAACAUAGUUCGAGGAACCAUCUGAUGAAUAAAGUAUUUUGUCUGACUGGUGGCCAACAUGUCUUGAUCCCUAUGCCCAACUGUGUUCAUGUAACUUGUGACAUUUGUGUAAGAGCAUUCUUGUGCAACUGCAUGGACAGUGUGUUAGGAAAACACAGCAGUUGCUGUAGUGUGCAAAAGACCCAUGGAAGGUGUGUGUUGCUAGGAGUGAGCUCUUCCUCUAUCCACAUAAGGCUUCUGAGCAUGUCCCUGAUGUGCCCUGUAGCCUUACAAAGGUGGAAGAAGAGCUCUGUCCUCACAAGGAGCUAGUAAACUAACUUGCUCUGCUGCAAUGGUUGGGCCUGUUUAUAAUGGAAGGGUUCUCUUAUAGGCACCCCCUCCUCAUGCAGCUCUCCAGCUGUGGGAGGGGGAGGCAAGAGUGUGUCCUUUAACUUGCAAGUAUGUCUCUCUGGUUUCAUUGGAAUUGGCUUGAAAGCAAGUGUUUAAAACUGUAGUCUAAAUAACAAUAUUACUUGUGACAGAACUGUCCAAUAAUUUAUAACAUGUAGUGGUCUAAAAGUGUUAGUUUCUAAUAUAAGAUGUAUUUUAUCAAGUAAUCUGUUACUUGCAGAUACACCAAAAUGGGAACUAGAAAUGAGAAUCUCUCUGGUAUGAAUACCUGUUUCUGAUAAAAUAUAUUUAUUUAAAAGAAAUUGUCUUCUGUUUAAUCAUCUAAUGCAGGUUGUUUAUAUAUUUCACUACUUCUGUAUUAGUAAGAUACAAGACUGUAUUAUUUAUUUAUUUAUUUAUUUAUUUAUUUAUUUAUUUAUUUAUUUAUUUAUUUAUUAUUAUUAUUUCUUGUUUACACAGUCAGACAGGUGUUAUUGACUGGUUUGUUUCAUCCAGACAUUGAGUCCUUCCCAAGGACCUGGGAUGGCUGAAUUUUAUUGUCAAUGUUGUUGCUGUUAUAGAUAUUGUCGCAGAAUAUAGGCUGUUCCCAGUAAAGUUGCUUUUUGUAACUGGCUGGUGGUGAUUUCUGUGGCCCCUAUGGUGUUGAGGUGCUCUUCAAGGUCUUUUGGAACUGCACCCAGGGCGCCAAUGACCACUGGGAUUAUUUGGGUCUUUUUCUGCCACAGCCUUUCAAUUUCAAUUUGUAGAUCUUUGUAUUUGGUGAUUUUUUCUAUUUCUUUUUCUUCUAUUCUGCUAUCCCCUGGUAUUGCUAUGUCAAUUAUUUUGACUUGUUUUUCUUUCUUCUUGACUACAGUUAUAUCUGGUGUAUUGUGUGGCAGAUGUUUGUCUGUUUGUAGUCAGAAGUCCCAUAAUAUUUUUACAUCUUCAUUUUCUUCAACUUUUUCAAUUUUAUGGUCCCACCAAUUCUUGGCUACAGGUAGCUUGUAUUUUUUGCAGAUGUUCCAGUGUAUCAUCCCUGCUACUUUGUCAUGCCUUUGUUUGUAGUCAGUCUGUGCGAUCUUUUUACAACAGCUGAUUAGGUGGUCCACGGUUUCAUCUGCUUCUUUACAAAGGCGGCACUUGCUGUUUGUGGUGGAUUUUUCGACUUUUGCUCUUAUUGCAUUUGUUCUUAGUGCCUGUUCUUGUGCAGCCAGUAUUAAACCCUCUGUUUCUUUCUUCAAGUUGCCAUUCUUAAGCCAUUGCCAGGUCUUGGUGAUGUCUGAUUUUCCACUUAUAUUGUGCAAAUAUUGAACAUGCAGGGGCUUAUUUUUCCAUUUUUCUGCUAGCUUCUUGACUUGUUUCUUGUAGGCCUGCUUUGUUUCAUUGGUGUUGAAUAGUUUCACAUUAUUGACCAUUUGAAGUGCAUCUUCUUCACUGUCCUUGAUAUAUUCUUCAAGGCCUCUUUUCUCCUCCUCUACUGUUUGAUGGACUUGCAGCAUUCCUCUUCCACCUGAGCUGCGAGGGAGGUAUAGCCUAUCAACAUCACUGCGGGGGUGCAGAGCAUGAUUGAUGGUCAUGAUUUUCCUGGUCUUACGAUCUAGCGUCUCUAGCUCUGCCUGGGUCCAAUCUAUUUUUCCUGCAGUGUAUCUGAUAACAGGUAUAGCCCAGGUGUUUAUGGCUUGUAUGGUGUUCCCGCCAUUGAGUUUGGACUUGAGGAUUUUUCUAACUUUCCUGAUGUAUUCACUUCCAAUUUUUCUUUUAACUUCAGUGUGUGCAAUGUUAUCAGCCUGGAGAAUGCCCAAGUAUUCUGCCACCCUGUAACCAGAAAAAACUGCCACCCUGUAACCAGAAGGUUAUAAAUUCGAUCCUGACCAGGGGCUCAAGGUUGACUCAGCCUUCCAUCCUUCCGAGGUCGGUAAAAUGAGUACCCAGAAUGUUGGGGGCAAUAUGCUAAAUCAUUGUAAACCGCUUAGAGUUCCGGCUAUAAAGCGGUAUAUAAAUGUAAGUGCUAUUGCUAUUGCUUUGUAAGGUUCUUUUUCCGAGGCAUGCGGAGGGCAUCCUAACUUGAUGGGUUGUCAAUCCCGACAUGCUUCGAGACAGGGCCAAUCAGAAUUGAUUUCUGCUAACACUAUGCCAGGCCAGCCACCAUUAACCCAGUUCCGGUCCUGUCUUUGCUUCUGGACAGUAGUCUGUGGCCAGCCUUCCUCAGUAGGAAUUUUCCUUCUUUACCUUCUCUUCUUCUUCUCUGUGUGCAGGGUGGGAAGGGAGUUCGUUUGAUCCUCUUCUCUUUCUUCCUCUGUUUGUUCAAAAAAAAAAUAAAUUUAUUUUUCCUACCCGGAUGGAUCCCUCUCACUGCGGCGAUAUGCUGCUAGGGGCUAUGUCGGAGGGGGCUUUGUCAGAGGCUAUCCCAGCCCCUCCUCCUAGGCCGUCCCCGGCCUCUAUUCUGCCCGCUGCACCAGGGGCCAUUUCUGAAAGCGCGGCUGCAGCUGCAAGCGCCUCAAGGGCCGUUUCUGAAAGCGCGGCUCCAGCCGCGAACGCCCCAAGCUCUGAGACGGCUUCGCGCCUAGAGCUGGCUCCGCCGCGAAAAGCGGCAAAGAAGGCAAAACACUUAAAGGAGCCCACUGAAAAGAAGAAGAAAAAGAAAAAGCAGCUGGCCUCCGGCGGGGCUCCGCUGUGUGAGAGGUUGCAGCUUCGGGCAGUGCGGGCACAAUUGCCUCCUUCGGCAGCAGCCAAUUCUCCCGCCAUUUCGCCGGCGGCCAUUUUGGUGGCUCCCCCUCUCACUGCUUCUCAGAAUGCUCUGCCUGGAAAUACAGACUCGCAGGGAGCGUCAGGUACAGGAGCGACGGGAGAUUUUGUUAAGGGGCCGCAUGGACAGCUCCUCUCCCCUGGCGAGUUACAGUGGUUGGGGGAAUUUGUAACGCAUGGCUCUGGUGUCCCCUUUUCUGGAACACGUAGCUUCCAUUUCACAACCGCCGCCUGCCACCUCUAUCCCUGCAGCGCCUCAACCUGCAGACGUGCACAGGGGGCGAUCUUCUGCUUGCCCAGUUAGACGCCCCAGGCGCCCUUCCUUUUCAUCUUCUCCUGACUCUAGUCCCUUGCGGGUGGCUAUUCCUCUGGGAGAGCGCAUUCACUCUCGUUCUGCUAAAAGAAGGCACAGAAAGAGAAAAAGGGCUUCUUCUCUUGUCUCAGAUGAGGGAAAUACCGCUGUGCCUCUUGUCCCUCCUCAGAACCCCUCAGUGCCCGCGGCGCCUAUGGCCCCUCCACGCCAACCGCCAGGGGCUCCCGCCGAGACUGAUUCCACUGAUGGAGAAAGGGAGGAAGGGGAAUUGUCGGAUGAACAAUCCCCCCUCAUGGAAAAACCUAGCACUACCAGAUUGUUUUCAGUUGCUGAAUUUGAAGUACUUUUGGCUAAAGCCAAACGGGCAAUUAAGGAUGUGACUCCGGAUCAGGGGUCACCUGAUGCCUCGGGUUUAGACCAGGAGGUCUUCCCAUCCACUUCCACGGCGGCAGCCACAGUCCCCUUCCCUAGUUUAUUUAAGGAGGUCAUGUUGGCUGAAUGGGGGGCCCCCGUUACUUCGAAAUCUGUCAUUGCCUACCCGAAAAAGUUGUAUACCUUACCUGCGGACAUUUGUCCUUGUUAGCUGUUCCCAUUGCAGAUGGACCCGUGGCGCAAUUGGUGUCGGGCGCCUUGUUGAACAAGGAGGGUGAUGAGUUUCUGAAGUCGCCUGAGGAGAAAUAAGCAGACUACCUGCUCAAGAAGGGACAUGAAGCCUCUGCCACAGUCAUCAGGGCUGCUGCUACCAACUCCAUCUUUGCAAGGGCAUCUAUCUUGUGGGCUAAGGAGUUGAUGAGUUUGGUUCCACCUGAGAAUGUUAACCUGCGUCAAGGACAAUAUAAGCUUGCCAGGGCUUCUGCCUUGAUGGCCGAUUCAGGGCUUGACUGCCUCCAACACGCUUCCAGGGCCCUGGCAGCUGGUGUAGCAGUAAGACGGGGGCUCUGGUUAAAGCAUUGGAAGGUCGACAAUAAAUCCAAGGUGGCCUUGGCUGCAACCCCCUUCCUAGGGGGAAAAUUGUUUGGGGAAUCCCUAGAGCCUGUUCUAGUUGAAACUAGCGAUAAGAAAAAGGCUAUGCCCUCUGGGCGGGGGGACUCUCGUAGGGGCUAUAAAGGAGGGUCCCUCUUUCACAAUUUCUUUCGUCCCUACAGGGGCUCUAUGCGAGGUGGAUUCUCUGGAUACAGAGACGGUAACAGAGAUAGAGAUGCCAGACCCUUCUCCUUCCGUUCGUCAUGGAGAUCCCCUUGGAUCCCCUUGUAUGGCAGAGGGAGGGGAAACAACAGAAGUAGGGCUUCCAACUUCAACAACUCUCGGGACAUCAAAAACCUCAGCUCCAAACGCGAGCUGAUGGCCGAAGCAAUCGGCCACCUCCUUCAAAUCCAGGUGAUAGAACCGGUUCCGGAAUUGGAAUUUGGUCACGGAGUGUACUCCCUUCUCUUCCUUGUCCCCAAAAAGGACGACUCCUGGCGGGCGAUCUUAGAUCUAAAACGUCUGAACAGGUUCGUGAGGAAGAGAACCUUUCACAUGGAGACCCUAAAGUCCAUCAAGAGGGCGGUCCAUCAAGGGGACUGGCUCUUUUCCAUAGACUUGUCGGAGGCUUACCUCCACGUGCCCGUCCACCCAAGGUGUCGGCGUUACCUGAGAUUUGCCUACAGCCAUCAGCACUUCCAGUACAGGGCUCUGCCCUUUGGUCUGUCAUCUGCCCCACGCGUUUUCACGAAGAUGAUGGUUGCAGUCAUAGCUCACGUGCGCCAGCAGGGGGUACACGCCUACCCAUACCUUGACGACAUUCUUGUCAGAUCAGUAAACCAACAGCGGGCCCUCCACGACGUAUCCCUCACGGUACAGGUCCUGGAGGACCACGGCUUUGUAAUAAACGAGUCCAAGAGUCAGCUUUGUCCGACUCAGAUCCUCCAACACUUGGGCGUAGUUUUCAAUACGGUGGUGGCGUCAGUUUCCCUCCCCCUGGACCGGCAGCACAAGAUCAGGUCGGCUAUUUCUCCCUGGAUGAGGAAGAAAAGGGGCGAGCUGAUGUCUCUGGCGCAGAUCUUGGGCCAGAUGAUUGCGUGCCUGGACUGCACUCCGUGGGCCAGGUGGCAUGCGAGGCCUAUCCAAUGGUUCCUGCUGCCCUACCAGUCUUCAAUAGUGGAGAAAGAUCGCAUCCUUCUGGUCCUUCCUGCCAAGGUCCGGGCCUCCUUCCUCUGGUGGCUCUCUCCUGCGUUACAGCAGGGCCUUCCCUUGGAGGUCCCUCAGAAGGUCAUAGUCACGACGGAUGCCAGUCUGACCGGCUGGGGAGCCCACUGUCUGGGUCGGCAUGCCCAAGGGGUGUGGGAACCCAGGGACUUGCGCUUCAACAUCAAUUGGUUAGAGUUGAAGGCCAUUCGUCUCGCGCUCACGGAAUUUCACGAGCUGGUACUGGGUCGUCACGUUUUGAUAAGGACGGACAACGUCACGGCCAAAGCCCAUGUCAAUCACCAGGGCGGUACCAGGUCGAGGGCGCUGAUGAAGGAGGCCGAUCUGUUGUUAGCGUGGGCGGAAAUACGUGUGCUCCUUGAAAGCCGAGCAUCUCAGCGACCAGGAGAAUGUGCAGGCGGACUGGUUAAGCCGCCAAUGGAUGGACCCGUUGGAGUGUGCCUUGCUGCCGGAAGUCUUCGAUUGGAUAUCAGACAGGUGGGGUCUUCCACUCGUAGAUCUGUUUGCGUCAGCGUCCAACAACAGACUUCCAAGGUUUUUCUUCAGGCACUUUUGUCCCCAAGCGGAGGAGGGGGAUGCACUAGUGUCUCCGUGGCCUCCUGGUCUCCUCUACGCCUUUCCGCCAUUUCCUGUCCUGAGUCUUUCUCUGCGAAAGGUCAGGACGGAGAGGGCGGAGGUCGUGGUCAUCGCUCCCUAUUGGCCGCGCAGACCUUGGUUCUUGGAUCUGGUGGCGCUCUCGAUCCGUCCUCCGUGGCCUCUCCCUCUCAGGGGGGACCUCCUGUCUCAGGGGCCCCUUUUCCACCCAGACCCUGCAUGGCUGCGCCUUCACGCCUGGCGAUUGAGCGCAGGAGAUUAGCCCGUAGCAGGUAUUCCAGAGAGGUACAGGACACUAUCCUAGCUUCACAUAGACUGUCCACCUCUCGAAUUUAACAAUUCACCUGGGCGGCCUUUGUUUCUUGGUCCACUUCACGUCAGUCCUCUCCCUUGUCUGCUGGGAUCCCGGAAGUUCUGGGGUUCCUGCAGGCGGGAUUGGACAAGGGACUUCGCCCAAACACUCUGAAACGCCAAGUUUCAGCUCUCGCCUCUGUCUUAGACCUCAGGCAAUCGGGGUCUCAGGCUUUGCAUCCUCACCUUAGCUGGUUCCUGAAGGGCGCCAAGAAUCUGGCUCCCCUGCCAGUUAGCAGGUUUCCCACUUGGGAUUUGAAUGUUGUUUUAAACUCCCUGACUAAGGCCCCGUUCGAGCCUAUCAGUUCAAUCUCUUUACGUUUAUUGUCAUUUAAGACCUUGCUUUUGGUAGCCAUCACUUCUUCUAGGAGGGUAUCAGAAUUAGCCGCUCUUUCGGUCAGGGAUGAGCUAUGCGUUUUCCAGCAGGAGGCAGUAGUUCUAAAAUUGGAUCCUACCUUUCUCCCGAAAGUAAAUUCAAUUUUUCAUAGGAGUCAGGAGGUCGUGCUGCCUUCCUUUUGUCCAAAGCCCACGCACCCGAAGGAGCGGGCCUGGCACAAGUUAGAUGUGCGCAGGGUGCUGCGUACUUAUAUUACUAGGACUAAAUCCUUUCGGAAAACCGAUUCCCUCUUUGUGUCA